GUCACUUUCCAUACCCAUAAGCGGGGGAGUGAGAGGUGCAUGAAAUGGAGAAAAAUGGCGGAUCAUGUGCAGGGCCUUGCCCAGCUGGAGAUCCUGUGUAAGCAGCUGUAUGAGACCACCGACACCGCCGUCCGACACCAGGCAGAGAAAGCUCUGGUGGAGUUCACCAACAGUCCCGACUGCCUCAGCAAAUGUCAGCUGCUGCUGGAGAGAGGCAGCUCAUCGUAUUCUCAGCUGCUCGCGGCCACCUGUUUGUCUAAACUGGUAUCUCGAACCAGCAACCCUCUACCGCUCGAACAACGCAUCGACAUCCGGAACUAUGUGCUGAAUUAUUUGGCCACGCGGCCGAAGUUAGCUGCGUUUGUGACGCAGGCUUUGAUCCAGCUGUAUGCCAGGAUCACCAAACUGGGCUGGUUCGACUGUCAGAAAGAUGACUACGUCUUCAGGAACGUCAUCGCUGAUGUGACGCGCUUUCUACAGGACAGCGUGGAGCACUGCAUCAUCGGGGUUACUAUUCUGUCCCAGCUGACGAAUGAGAUCAAUCAGGCCGACACAACGCAUCCUCUGACCAAACACAGGAAGAUCGCAUCAUCGUUCAGAGAUUCUUCGCUCUUUGACAUUUUCACUCUCUCCUGCAACCUCCUCAAACAGGCGUCGGGGAAGAACCUGAACCUGAACGAUGAGUCUCAGCACGGCCUCCUGAUGCAGCUGCUAAAACUCAGCUACAAUUGCCUCAACUACGACUUUAUAGGAACUUCCACAGACGAGUCGUCGGACGACCUCUGCACCGUACAGAUCCCCACGUCAUGGAGAUCAGCGUUUCUUGAUUCCUCCACCCUGCAGCUCUUUUUCAAUUUAUAUCAUUCCAUCCCUCCGUCCCUUUCCCCGUUGGUGUUGUCGUGUCUAGUUCAGAUAGCCUCUGUCAGGCGGUCUCUCUUCAACAACGCAGAACGAGCAAAGUUUCUUUCACAUUUGGUGGACGGAGUGAAGAGGAUACUAGCAAACCCACAGUGUUUGCCCGAUCCUAAUAACUACCAUGAGUUCUGUCGUCUACUGGCGAGGCUGAAGAGUAACUACCAGCUGGGGGAGCUGGUCAAAGUAGAAAACUACCCUGAAGUUAUUCGCCUCAUAGCCAACUUCACCGUCACCAGUCUGCAGCACUGGGAGUUUGCCCCCAACAGUGUUCACUACCUGCUGAGUCUAUGGCAGCGCCUGGCCGCGUCGGUCCCCUACGUCAAAGCCACCGAGCCUCAUCUGCUGGAGACGUACACUCCGGAGGUCACCAAGGCCUACAUCACGUCACGGCUGGAGUCGGUCCACGUCAUCCUCAGAGAUGGUUUAGAAGACCCUCUGGACGACGCCGGCCUGGUCCAGCAGCAGUUAGACCAGCUGUCCACCAUCGGGAGGUGUGAGUACGAGAAGACGUGCGCUCUGCUGGUGCAGCUGUUUGACCAGGCGGCUCAGACCUACCAGGAACUGCUACAGUCCACCAAUUCGAGUGCUGCAGACAUCACUGUGCAGGAGGGUCGGUUGACAUGGUUGGUUUAUAUAAUCGGGGCAGUUAUAGGAGGACGGGUGUCGUUUGCGAGCACAGAUGAGCAGGACGCCAUGGACGGAGAGUUAGUCUGUCGGGUGCUCCAGCUGAUGAAUCUGACUGACUCUCGGCUCGCUCAGGCGGGCAACGAGAGGCUGGAGCUGGCCAUGCUCAGCUUCUUUGAACAGUUCAGGAAGAUUUACAUCGGUGACCAGGUGCAGAAAUCAUCAAAGCUUUAUCGACGACUAUCAGAAGUUCUGGGUCUGAACGACGAGACAAUGGUACUCAGUGUCUUUAUUGGGAAAAUCAUCACAAACUUGAAGUACUGGGGCCAGUGUGAACCAAUCACCUCCAAGACACUCCAACUACUGAACGACCUCUCUUUAGGGUACAGCAGUGUGAGGAAGCUAGUGAAGCUCAGCGCGGUCCAGUUCAUGUUGAAUAACCACACAAGCGAGCACUUCUCCUUCCUGGGAGUCAACAACCAGUCCAACCUGAGCGACAUGAGGUGUCGGACCACCUUCUACACAGCACUGGGGCGUCUGUUAAUGGUCGACCUUGGUGAGGACGAGGACCAGUUUGAACAGUUCAUGUUGCCUCUGACGGCUGCGUUUGAAACUGUGGCUCAGAUGUUGAGUACGAACACCUUCAACGAACAGGAAGCCAAGAGGACUCUGGUGGGUUUGGUCCGAGACCUGCGAGGCAUCGCGUUCGCCUUCAACGCCAAGACGAGCUUCAUGAUGCUGUUUGACUGGAUAUAUCCAGCCUACAUGCCCAUCCUGCAGAGGGCCAUAGAGCUGUGGUACCACGACCCAGCAUGCACCACACCUGUCCUCAAACUCAUGGCGGAGCUCGUUCACAACAGAUCCCAAAGGCUACAGUUUGACGUGUCGUCACCCAACGGCAUCCUGCUGUUCAGAGAAACAAGCAAGAUGAUCACGACCUACGGGAAUCGUAUCCUGACGCUGGGCGAAGUCCCGAAGGACCAGGUGUACGGCGUGAAGCUGAAGGGGGUCAGUGUGUGUUUCGCCAUGCUGAAGGCGGUGCUCAGCGGGAACUACGUCAACUUUGGGGUCUUCCGUCUGUAUGGCGACGACGCGCUGGAUAACGCCUUACAGACCUUCAUCAAACUGCUGCUGUCCAUCCCUCACAGUGACUUACUGGACUACCCGAAGCUCAGCCAGUCCUUCUACUCUCUGCUGGAGGUGCUGACUCAGGACCACAUGAACUUCAUCGCCAGUCUGGAGCCGCACGUCGUCAUGUACAUCCUGUCUUCAAUAUCAGAAGGGCUCACCGCGCUCGAUACGAUGGUGUGCACCGGCUGCUGCUCCAGUCUGGACCACAUAGUGACCUACCUGUUCAAGCAGCUGUCUCGCUCCACCAAGAAGCGUCCCACUCCCAUGGCAACAGACGACCGCUUCCUCCACAUCAUGCAGCAGCACCCCGAGAUGAUCCAGCAGAUGCUGUCCACAGUGUUGAACAUCAUCAUCUUCGAGGACUGUAGGAACCAGUGGUCCAUGUCUCGACCUCUGUUAGGCCUCAUCCUGCUCAACGAGAAGUAUUUCGCUGACCUGAGGAACAGCAUCGUCAACAGUCAGCCUCCAGAGAAGCAGCAAGCCAUGCACUUAUGUUUCGAGAACUUGAUGGAGGGAAUAGAGAGAAAUCUACUAACAAAGAACAGAGACAGGUUUACCCAGAACCUGUCUGUCUUCAGGAGGGAGGUGAACGACAGCAUGAAGAACUCGACAUACGGCGUCAACAGCAACGACAUGAUGAGCUGACAUUCCACACAGACGAGUCUUACCACCCAGCUGCAGACAGAGCUCACCGCCCCUCCCCCGCUCCUCCACAGCCUCCCCGCCUCCUCCCUCUCUGCAUCAGCCUCCCCCCUCCCUCCCUCCCUGGGCCCGGAUGCCUGGGGAUCGUCUCCUCACCCCGACACCACGUACGGGACCCCCCCUCCUCCUCCCACUCCUUUUUGAUAUAAGCAUAUAUAAAUAUAUACAGAUCUAUUUUAAAGCGAUGGUCUAACUCGUCUCCUGACGGCGGAGGGGUGAGGAGGUCAGAGGGAGGAAGGAGAGGGCGCGACAGGAGGUGAGGAGGGGGCGAGGAAGGGGACAAACGCCGGUAAACGUAGUAAUCCGCUUCUGCCUGCCUUGUAUAGAAAAACACACAACAAACCAAGUGUACAUUUUUUUUCGUAACAUUUUGAACAAUGUUUAUAAUGAUCGAAUUUAAAACACAAAGAUGAGUUGAGGAAAAACACAAAAAAACAAAACAAAAACCGUGUGAUUGAGCUUUUUACAGUGUAGUGAGUUAGUGCAACUGUCUGUCUGCGUGGGGAGCUGGCGAGGAGGUGACGGGGGAGGUGAGGGGGAGCACUCAGGCUGCAGAGCUGUCAGCAUGAAGAAGAAGAGGUACACACUAACAGACAGGGAGAGUCAGAGCAUCCACGUUGUACAUUUUACUCAAGUCUCUGGUUGAAGUGAUGUAAAUAGCCACGUCCCUCGCGGCAGCAGGCUGGACAGGCGCUAAAGGGACAAUCCUGCUAGUUUUCAGCCUCGCGUUGUGUCUCCGCCGACCCGACGUCGUGGUCAUCUGUGAUACAAUCGUGUGUGUGUGUGUGUGUGUGUGUGUGUGUUCAGAGCAAUCAUUUCAAACUGGAGCCAAAAUAAUUGAUACAAACAUAUUUAUUCAACUUGUUUCACACAUGCAGUCGAACUCAACUUAUCUGUAAUCAGACGUCAGAUCACAGCCCUGAAAUUCCUGGAAAAUUCCAAAACUAGAGAGGCUGUUUUUCAGGCCUGGAAUUAACUGAAGGUUUUGAAUAUCAGUUUCUUUGAUAGGUGUUUAAAAUCUGCUCAGAAAAAAAACAAAACAUGUCCAACAAAAUAUGUUCCUUAUAAUACUAACUGAGGGUUAGUGAAGAACUCAUGUGUGCCAGUCGGGUCUGUCGACACAUGCAGCUAGUCGGCGUUGUGAAUAUCAAAGUGUAGCAGUUUGCUGCUCGUUUAGUAAUUUAAGGUGGUAUUGCUACAGAGGCCGACCUGUUCUAAACUACUGAAAGGAAAUGGGGAAAAAUAUGACGAAGAAGUUUUGAAAAUUCAUUGGUGAAAAUGUUUGGCAACUCUGGUCAGUGCAGUUUUGAUCAUUUAUAAUUUGGGUCACUUUUCAAGAAGAAACUCAAACCAUGAAACUUGUUUUUGAAACACACCCAAAACUUUAUAAUUUAUUCAGAAAAAUUCAAGAAACGAAGCAAAGUUUAGAUGAAAAUCUGAAAACAUGAACAAUUUUGUAAUUUCUCACUUUGGCCACAAGAAAAAGAAUCGACACGUCUCUGGUUCUCAAAUGUGUAAAUCAACUUAUUUUCCUGCUCACUGACGGUAAACUGGAUAUUUUUGGGUUUUGGACUGUUGGUCAGAAAAACAAACAAAUUUGUUUUGACAGUUUAAAACGACUGAAAUGAUCAAGAUGUGACGCAAAGAUGAAACACAAACCCUGCCUCACUGUCCUGUUUAUAUAUAUUUGUCCACCGACCAGAUACAUUUAAAUUAUAUUGAAAUCAUUUGAAGGUUUAUUUUUUUUCUAUACAUGCGAUGUUACUCCGCCGACACGUCGAAUUCAUCGUUAAUUGUUCAGUUAGUGACAUUUUGAUUAUUGUUUCAGUCACUUUUCAAAGAAGAAAGCAGGAAGUGAAACAGAUUUAUUCAACUGUGAUCAUAUAAAGUCAGGCACAGAUCAGUUACUGAAGUUUUGAUAAUUUAUUGUUUUGCUCAUUUUCUAAGAAAAAACAGAUUAAAACAGAUUUAUUCAACUUUUUUCAUACCUGCAGUCGAACUCUCCCACUGCAUCAAAUUUCUCCUUUUUAAUCACUCAGUUAUUGCAGUUUUGAUCAUUUAACAUUUUGGUCACUUCUCAAGAAAAACACAGAUUAAAACAAAGAUUUAUUCAACUUUUUUCUCACAUACAGUUGAACUCCUUCAACACAUCUAAUUCCUCUUUAAUCGAUCAGUCGUGAUAAUUUACGGUUUUGGUCACACUGCAGAUCCAGCUUCUUAGAUAUGAAAAUGUUUCUGUUGUCUUGCUCCUCAGUGACAGGAAGCUGAAUGUCUUUUGGGUUUUUGAGUUUUUAAAUAUUUGGGACAUUUAAUACACUCAACGGUCUGAAACGUCUAAAAUGAUUCAGAAACUCUCAAGAAAUGAAGCAAACAUUAAAGAAAAUCUGAAAAAGUUAACAAUUUUGUGAAAUAUCACUUGAGUCACUUUUCAAGCAAAAGUAUCAGCGAGUCUGAUUCCAGUUUCUGAAAUGUGAAAAUCUGCUCAUUUUCUUCGCUGACGGCAAACUGAAUAUUUUCCGACUGUUGGUGGGAAAAACAAACAAUAUUUUCAGACAUUUUAAACCUCAAACAGUCUGAAACUUUUAAUUGUUCAGAAACUUUGAACCAGUGAAGCUAAAGAUCGGAGGAUAAACUGUUCAAACUUUUGUCCACGUGACAACACAGUUCAGUAAACAAGAAAACAAUUUAAAGAUUAAUGCAUGAUAAUGUUAAUAAUUGUUCACUUCAGCUUGAAUCAUUUCAAACGUUUGACUGAAAAUAGUUUCCUGUAGUAGUUGCAGCGAACGAUUAGUUUUAUUGUCGAUUGAUCUGAUUAUUUUCUUGAUUUAUUGAUCAGUUGUUUGGUUUAUAAAAUAUCAGAAAAUGGCAAAUAUGUCCUGUUUUCCAAAAACCCAAAAUGACAUCCUCACAUCUCGUUUUGUCCACAACCUAAAGACAUGCAGUUAUUAUCACAGAAGAAAGAAACCAGAAAAUAUUCCAUUUUUAAAAAGCUGGAAUCAAUUUUUUUUUUUACGUUUUUAUUUUGUAUCAAAUCAGUUGAGGAUUAAUUUCACAGUUGAAUAUUCGAUGCAUCAUUGCAGCUCAAACAGUAAAACUGCAGCUGAACAUUUUUCAUGUGCAGUGAUAACAAACUUAUUUUAUUAAUCAUAUUUUCAUUGAGUUGUCUGCAGAUUUGUUUUGUUUGUUUUUUGUUUUGUUUUUUACCCCAGAUCUUUUUAUUGACCUUUCUGCCUACAUGAACCAGUCGGUACAGCAGCACUGAGCCUGAUCAAGUGUCUGUGGCAGGAAAUAAAGACAAAACAGAAAGCUGAAGAUGGGAAAAGAACCACCGUCCGUAAAAUCUGCAGAUCUUCUUGAUUUAAUCAUUUAGUCCAUAAAAUGUUGAGAAAUUGUAAAAAAAGAAAAAAACAGAACACAUCCACAAACACCGUCACAGUUUCCCAGUUUUGUCCAACCAGCAGUCCACAUUUAUUUAAAAAGCUUCACUUUACAUUUUAGCUUCAUAAAAUUGCGGUUGUCAAAAUAAUUGAAUCAUUUUCUGUUGGUCGAUUAAUCGACUGAUCGUUUCAGCUCUACUUGUCCAAAAUCCAAACAUAUUUUAUUUUACAGUAGAAAAGCUGAGAAAAUACUCAUAUUUAAAAAGCUGUUUUUACACGUUAGCAUAAACGAUUAAGUGUUUUCAAAAUAGUUUCCAAAUUAUAUUCUAUCGCUCAGUUAAUCACGUGAUGAUCGGCUCUACUUCUAAUGUUUUAUUUUGUCCAAACCUAAAUAUAUUUAACAACAAUAACGGAAGAAAUUCAGAAAAUUUGCGAAACAUUUGCGAAGCUUGAAUUUAAAUUUUAGCUUUACAGAAAAUGCUUCAAUGAUGCGAUUGCCAAAAUAUUUUAAAAAUAAAUUGUUGUCAGUCGAUUGUUUGAGCUCUACUUCAGAUGUCCAAAUCCCAAAUAUAUUUACAUAACAUAAAACAAUUUUAAAAAGUUACAGUAUUCAUAAGAGAAGUUUUGAGCCACAUAAUUUUUUUUUACGUUUUAGCUUAAACAGUUAUGCAGCAGUCAGUAGUAUCCAAAUUAUUUUUCUGUCGAUUUAUCUCAAUAAUUUCAGCUCCACUUCAGAUGUUUUUAUUUAGUCCAAAACUUAAUAUUUUCAGUUCACUGACAGAAGAGACAAAAACAACAAAUCAUUACAUCAGAAAAACUGAAUAUUUAUUGACUGAAAGAAAACAACCCAACCGGCAGAAAAAUGUUAGCAUCGUAGGUUUCUGCAGACCACAGCAGCGUUACAUUUGUUCAUUAAUAUGUAGCGGCUACGUUAAAACGUUCAACAAUGCUGUGGUUACUGUAAGUUUAGGUACACUUGGUUAUGGUUCAGUAAAGAUCACCUUUUGGGGGCACAGUCCCCGCUGGAAAAGUAAGAAUGAGUAAAACAAUAUUGUAAAACAAUAAACAACCGUUUAUAGCAUUUAGUCGUUUCGGAAAGUGCUUUGAAGUUUGGCGUGCAUCUUGCCGAGGUUUCACGCUAUCCACUGUCCCUGUCAGAGUCAGCUCAGGUACUGCGUCACUUUAGAAACGUUAAUAUGAAACGUGUGAAACGUAAAACAUAUUUGUGGUUUGCAGAAACAAACAGGGCGGACAUUUUGUUUUGGCUACUGGGCUGAAAAAAAAUAAACAAGAAAAACAGCUGCUGAUUAUUUUUAGCUGCAGCUCCAGUUUGAAGUAAUUUAUAUGAAGUUGAUUGUAAAUCUCCCGGAGACGCGAGCUGCUCGACCUGACGUCCACAGAGUUUUGUUUGUGACUCUUAACAGCUGAAGAGGUGACGUUAGCAUGAACGGACACAACGCUGAGGUUGAAAAAACAUCAGCAUUUCCCUUUAUGACAUCCCGUCCGGUCUGGCCCUGCUCCGCCUUUCUCCUCAAAGCGUGACGCGAGACGGUGGUGGUGGCGGUGGUGGCGUCGGCGUGCAAUCGGUCUCGUGCACACACACCUGCUUGUUUGAUUGACGUGUAAGCAACAUGGUCACAGCUACAUGUUCCCCUCUGGUAGGCCGGGUGCAGUUUCCACCAUUUUGUUUACACUCUGGAUUCCUUGGACCAGGCUUUGGGACUGCCCCCCUUUUAGGUCCUGCGGCGGAGUCCUUCUGAUGUGUGUGUGUGUGUGUGUGUGUGUGUGUGUGUGUGUGUGUGUGGAGUGGCUCUCUGUUGCCUGGUGUGUAUGUGGCGUCUCAUGGUGCUGCGAACCCACGAUGGAGCUCAAACAGCCGCGGUCUGUGCCACCGUACAGGAUAAAAUAAGGACGACGGAUAGUUUAUCGAGACGUCUGAGCUCCUUUUGAAGGAAUCCAGUUUAGUUUUAAAUAUCUGAAGAACGGACCCGAGUCAGAGCAGUGUAAAAAGAGAAGCAGGAGUGGAGUCUAUUAGCAACUUGUGUUACUCUCUACGAUGUUGCUGCUAACUGUUUGUGACAACUAGCUCAUUUCUAACCAUGUCAGCACUCAUGGAUGUUUAUUGAGUUUCUAAUUUUUUGGUUUGUGUCCCUGAUGUGAAUGUGUUGGGUCCAUAGAGUGAAUAGCUGUUUGAGUUGUUUGGAUGUCUGCUACAUAUAGUGUAAGCAUUGUGACUGCAAAUAAACCUCAUUGAUUUUUACAUCA